GAACACCCGCCUCCCACCUGUCAUUCCAACACUGACUUCCUGUAAGCCCCGCCCCUUCUCGGGAGGGACCGCCCCGGUUCGGUGUUCGCGGUUCCGCUCGCCCUAGCUCCUCCCUCGGACCUCCCCUGGCCUCGUAACCGAGUCAGCACCGCCUCUCCUAGUCUCAACUGGCUGAGUAUGGCUCAGGGGCUCCCUACGGUUGGCGGCCUGCCAGGGGGAGGGGGGAAUAAGGGAAGGGGGUGGGGUUAAGGGGGGCGGGCCUGGACGUGGGGAGUGAAAGCGAAAGCCCAGGAGUCGAGCCCGGAGACCCGAGAUUUAGCUACUGGAGCAGCAUGGCCAAGCCUUGUGGGGUGCGCCUGAGCGGGGAAGCCCGCAAACAGGUGGAUGUCUUCAGGCAAAAUCUUUUCCAGGAGGCUGAGGAAUUCCUCUACAGAUUCUUGCCACAGAAGAUCAUACACCUGAGUCAGCUCUUGCAAGAGGACUCCCUCAAUGUGGCUGACCUGACCUCUCUCCGAGCCUCACUGGACAUCCCUAUUCCAGACCCUCCACCCAAAGAUGAUGAGAUGGAAACAGAUAAGCAGGAGAAGAAAGAAGUCCCUAAGUGCGGCUUUCUCCCUGGGAAUGAGAAGCUCCUGGCCCUGCUUGCCCUGAUUAAGCCAGAAGUCUGGACUCUCAAAGAAAAAUGUAUUCUGGUGAUCACGUGGAUCCAGCACCUGAUCCCCAAGAUUGAGGAUGGAAAUGACUUUGGAGUAGCAAUCCAGGAGAAGGUGCUGGAGAGGGUGAAUGCAGUCAAGACCAAAGUAGAGGCCUUCCAGACAACCAUUUCCAAGUACUUCUCAGAACGUGGGGAUGCUGUGGCCAAGGCCUCUAAGGAGACCCAUGUAAUGGAUUACCGGGCCUUGGUGCACGAGCGAGAUGAGGCAGCCUAUAGGGAGCUCAGGGCCAUGGUGCUGGACCUAAGGGCCUUCUAUGCUGAGCUUUAUCAUAUCAUUAGCAGCAACCUGGAGAAAAUUGUCAACCCAAAGGGUGAAGAGAAGCCAUCUAUGUACUGACCCCAGGGCUAAAAGGGAAAUAAAUUACCAAUACUUUGUGUGGA